AUGAGUGGUCUGGGGAAGAUGGACCCUCGGAGGGUACAAUGGGCUGCGGGGUGGAAAACGUUUACCUCCCGCGUCCUGAGAACCAAACCAGUGGAGUCCAUGUUGGAUUCGGCCGUGUCAGGCACCAGCUCCCAUGGGACCAGGCUGGCCCGGGUUUUAUCCACUGUGGACCUGGUGUCUCUGGGUGUGGGAAGCUGUGUGGGGACUGGGAUGUAUGUAGUGUCUGGGUUGGUUGCCAAGGAGAUGGCCGGUCCGGGGGUCAUUGUGUCCUUUAUAAUCGCCGCUGUGGCCUCCAUUCUGUCAGGAGUGUGCUAUGCAGAGUUUGGCGUGCGGGUGCCUAAGACCACAGGUUCAGCCUACACUUACAGCUACGUGACGGUGGGCGAAUGCGUGGCAUUUUUCAUCGGCUGGAACUUAAUCCUGGAGUAUCUGAUCGGCACGGCGGCGGGGGCAUCGGCUCUCAGCAGCAUGGCGGACUCGCUGGCCAAUCACAGCAUCAGCAACUUUAUGAUUGCACACAUUGGGACGCUCAAUGGACUGGGCAAAGGAGAACAGUCGUACCCAGACCUGCUGGCUCUGCUGAUAGCCCUGCUGGUGACGGUGAUUGUGGCUCUGGGAGUGAAGAACUCAGUGGGCUUCAACAACGUGCUGAACGUCAUCAACCUCAUCGUGUGGGUGUUCAUGAUGAUCGCCGGGCUGUUCUUUGUCAACGGAGAGAACUGGGAGGAGGGGAGAUUCCUGCCCUUUGGCUGGGGAGGGGUGAUGCAGGGAGCAGCCACCUGUUUCUAUGCCUUCAUUGGAUUUGACAUCAUUGCUACAACAGGAGAAGAGGCCAAGAGUCCCAACACCUCCAUCCCUUAUGCCAUCACUGCCUCACUCAUCACCUGUCUCACUGCCUACGUCUCUGUGUCUGUCAUCCUGACCCUGAUGGUGCCAUAUAAUGAGAUUGAUGCUGAUGCCCCACUCAUGGAGAUGUUUGCCAUGCAUGGCUGUAUGUUUGCAAAGUAUAUUGUGGCAGUGGGCUCCAUAGCUGGACUCACUGUGUCCCUCCUGGGGUCACUGUUCCCUAUGCCCAGGGUCAUCUAUGCCAUGGCAGGGGAUGGCCUGCUGUUUAAGUUUCUUGCCAAUGUUUCAACCUACACAGAGACCCCCGCUGUUGCCUGUGUGGUGUCAGGCUUUCUGGCUGCCCUGCUUUCUCUCCUGGUCAGCCUCAGAGACCUCAUAGAGAUGAUGUCCAUAGGAACCCUGUUGGCCUAUACCCUGGUAAGCCUCUGUGUACUACUGCUGCGUUACCAACCUGAGGGCGACAUUCACGGCUUUGUGAACUUCCUCUCUGAGGAGCAGAACAAGAAAAAAGAAGGUGUUCUGGCUGAGUGCGAGAAGGACGCCUGUUCCCCAACCAGUGAACUGGACGAGUACGGUGGACCAGCCACAAACACCUGUGGAGCCAAAAACCUUCCAUCACUGGGUGACAACGAGAUGCUGAUAGGUAAACCAGAUAAAACCGCAUACACGGCCAGCCACCCUAACUACGGCACAGUGGAUAUGACCACUGGCAUUGAAGCAGAAGAGACGGAGGGCGGUGUGUCCCGGCGUUUGAAAAAGCUCAUUGGACCACGCUACUACACCUUAAGGAUUCGAUUGGGGCUCCCAGGAAAGAUGGACAGGCCAACUCCAGCCACGGGGAAAACUGUUACUGUGUGUGUGCUGCUUCUCUUCAUCUCCAUCUUUGCUUUCUGCUCCUUCAUCAUUUUUGGAAUGGGCAGUAUUGGCGAGGGAAGCUGGUGGGCUUUGCUGAUAUUAAUCUUCUUCAUCAUCUUCAUUGCCCUGCUCGUCAUCAUCAUCCUCCAGCAGCCAGAGAACCCUAAACGGCUGCCCUACAUGGCACCCUGUGUCCCUUUUGUACCUGCUUCAGCCAUGCUGGUCAACAUCUACCUCAUGCUCAAACUGUCCGCCAUCACCUGGAUACGUUUUUCAAUCUGGUGCUUUGUGGGUGUGCUUAUUUACUUUGGCUACGGCAUGUGGAACAGUACGCUGGAGAUCACGGCCAGAGAGAACGAGGUGCAUGCCUCCACCUACCAGCGCUACGAUCAAGGUGUGGACGAAGGCUUCUGUGGCUUUGAUGACGAUUUCUACCCGCCUACCACUGACAGCUGGGGUGCGCCGGAGGCAGGAUCGGGGCUCUCGCCACCCCCUGUGGCAAAACCCGAAAGCGACGGGUCGCCAGCUAAAAGUGGAGGCAGGACCAUUGCCAAACACGGCCUCGCAGAGGAGGAUCCGAUGGAUUUCUGAAGGGACUGACUCUGUGUUAACCUGAAUGUACUGCCUUGUCUGCUGCCUGGGGGAAGGGAGGGGACCAGCUGUGUGAGUGCAUAAAUGACUGUGUGUGUGCGUGUGUGCAUGCCUGCAUGUGAGUGUGUGUAUUUGUAAUUGUCUCUAACCCUUGGGCUAGAUAGUUUCUUGGCAGUGAAAUGGGUUUCUCAUUGACCUCACUUCACCCUGCUGUUUGGUUCCUACAGCCGACGUGGACUUCAAGGCCAUGAGUUUUUGUCACUCAUCACUUGUUUUUCACUUACUGGAGUCCACAUCCCACACAAAGAAAAGCUAGAUAGAAAAGUGCAGACAUUGCAAGAGAUAAAAUGUGUCACACUACACUGUGAACUAUGAAACAUUGUGUAUUGAGAAACCAGUUAACUGUUAAUGUCAAAAUGGUUACGUGAUACAGGAGAGGAGAAGGUGAUGAGCAAGGGACAGAUGAUUCAGCACUUUUGUUCCUGUUUCAACCCAGACUGACAGGAAGGUUUGAUGAGUGAUUUCCUAUGAACAUGUCUGACUUUCUGUGCAUGAUUUAUUUUUAACAGGAAAUCAGUUACACAUGCUCUAAAACCCCAAAACAUCAUUUAAAAAGAUCAGAUCUCUGUCUGCCUCUAAAAUUCUGUCUGUCCCUGACUCCUAACAUCUAGCCCAAGGGAUUCAGGACUGGAUUGGAGGAGGGUGUUGAUGUUUUCUGUCACAAAUAGUACUUGGACUUUGCUUGCAAUAGUGCCUUCAUCUAAUGUGUGUGAGUUUCUUAUUAUGUCUGUUUUCUACUUUCAUUUUUUGCCUGUGUAUGUGCGAGGGUGUAUGUGCAAUCAAACUCCACCUUUUUACCUUUCUCAUGUCUCUGUGUGUAGAUAUAAAGUGUUUUCUCCUGCUUGGUUUUUAUGUGUAUGUGUAGGUAUUUGUUUCAUUUUGUUCUUCCCACUCCUUUUCCCAGCAUGAAGCUCAAAAUCAAUCCACGCCAACAAAGCAGCUCUUGGUGCAAUAUAACAAAUGCUUUUCAGCUCACUGGUGUUUCCUUAGAAGAGGGGGAGUAAGAGGUGUAACAGAGAGAGGGAGAGCAGGUUGAAUCCAGAUUGACAACCAGCAUGGUUUAUGUGAUGAAUGUCAGAUUUUCUGUAGGGUCUUUUCUGUGUACUUGGCACUCUGGUAAUGCAGUUCUUGCAGUUUACAAGCACUGAGAGGGAAUUCAUUUCCAGUUCAUCCAAUUGCAGGAAUUCAUUUUCUUCAUAGAUCAUAUCUGCUCACAACAAAGAAAAAAAGCGUAGGGACUGUUAGACAAUUUUAGAGGAGGAGGAUCAGAAAAUGGGUAGAAUAUUUAUUCUUUCAUUUGAAGUAAGGGUAGUUUGACUUUUUUAGAGGGCCGGUAUUGGUUGUGUUAUUUUCAAAUUUGCAAAUGAUCGUAAAACAUGAUAAAUCUAGAGAAAAACUAGAGUAUUUGUUAAAUAUGUACGGUGGCCUUGAAGGUCAUGACACAAAAUCUUUUUACUAAGCGCCAAAAACAAAUGUAAUCAAUCACAAAACCUGAAAAAUGUGUAAUAAAAUGAAAAAAAAAAACAUUUCACAUGUCAAAAAUAUUUCAAGGACCAUAACUACUUUUCAUGCAAAGCAGAAUAUUUCAUAAAAAUGUAAGAACAAUUCACACAAAGCAAAAUAUUAACAUGACACAGAAACUUUUCAAUGAACAAAAAUAUUUGAUUGGAAAAAAACACUUGAUGGAACACUGAAACAUUUCACAAUGUAUGCAAAAAUUCAGAAAAUGUAAAAGUACGUUAGUGUUCCAUGAAAUGUUUCGGACUUUGUAAAAGGUUUUUGGCAUUCGGUGAAAUUAAUUUGCUUUGGGUUAAAUUCUUUUUGCCGUUUGUGAAAUAUUUUUUGCUGUCAUGAAAUGUUUGCAGUGUUGACCUUCGGAGCCACCUUCGUCAGCGAGAACACACAAAUUCAAAUUUACAAUUCACAAAUGAAACACUAAAAAUGUGUAGGACUUUUUGGGGGGGAGUAAAACACCCCACCUAAAUGAUUACUUCCAUACAGUCCUUACCUAAGAAUGAUUUGGUGGUGGAUAAAUUGGUAUUCUGCUACAGUGAGUGAACUGAAAUUCACAUCUUCCUCUUCCAUCUCUCUUUCUCUCUUCCUGUCUCUUCAUUUUACUCUAAACAACUCUUUCAACCUCCACCACUCUUUAACUCUUCCGGCUCAACUCUUCCUCAAUCCAUCUGCCACAUCAACCUGCUCUUGACAUUCAUCAAACCAUGUCAGCGGGGAGCUGCCACUCAGAGUCCAGAGUGAUAGAGCUUGGAUUGGUUUUCAGUCAGGAUUUCAACAGCAAUCUGUUCAUGGCCUGACAAUCCAUUAGCUCCUGUAUCACCUCAGGGUGUCUGCUAUUGCUCUUCUGAUUUGUCAUCUGAGCGUUUAGUCCUCUCCCUGUAGUCCUGCCCAAAGCCCAGCUCAAACUAGUCUAACAAACCUCCCUCCUUAAGCUUUUUAUAUAUGUAGCUAGUGAUAGAGUCGCACUCGUUGCAUGUUACCUACGCUGCUGCGCCCUGAAGAGAUAUUGUGAAUAUCAAUCAGUUACAAUCAUGGUCCUGAGGAGGCCAUUUUGCAGGACAUGACACCUGAUGCUGCCAAGUUUAGGGGUUUGAUUCCAUACUAAGAAUGUUUGCACUCAAGGCACAGUAAGAGAUUCUGGCAUACACCAAAUAGCAUACUGUUGUGUUAUUAUGUUAUGGGUGGGGGCACGUCUACAAUCGCUGCUGCUGUGUGUCCUGAUUGUCCUCUGUACCUUUUUCUCUUGCCCCCUGUUGCUGCAUCUGUCCCUACAAGGGAAGCCUUAUUUGUCAAAUGCACUAAAUCUAAGGAUGCCACGCUAAACCCCCACCCUACCUCUGCUCCUCCAAGAUUUUACUCCCCCCCCAAAACCCUAGAUGUUGUUGGGCUCUGUAGUUUAGUUUGUGAAAGGAAACUGAGAACAAUUCCCCAAAAAGAAAAUAGCCCAGUGUCAUGAGGGAUUCAUGCUUAUUGGACGAUUCUGUAGCUUGCCAGUGCAGGGGGUACUUUGCCUUUUAGUGUCAGGGCACAUUAGAUUUUUGAGGUCUGGGGAUGUUGAACACUGUAGCUCACCCAACCUAUAGCAGUGAGCAUGUUGUGUAUAUUUUAUACCCCAUGAUACCAAUUUUACAUGCAACACUCUAAAAUGUGACAACCUGUAAUCUCAGCAUUGUGAAAUAAGUAUUUACCCAUCAAAAUUGUGAUGAAGUAGUUCCUCCUGGAGUCGUUACACCCCUUGUUGUAGAGGAGCCAUUGGGGUUACCAUAACAAGGGCUGUCAGCCUAGUUAACCUUAUAGUCAUUCACAUCCCUUCUCGUAGGAGAGUCGGUGGGGUCGUUGUCACCAGGGUUGUUGGGCUAGGUUUUCCUAGGGUUGUUCACACCCCUGACGUAGGUGAGUCAUUGGGGUUGUUGUUACCAGGGCUGUUUGCCUAGUUAAUCCCUGAGUCAUUCACAUCCCUUCAUAGAAGAGAUGUUGGGGUUGUUGUCCCCAGGCUUGUUGACCUUGUUUAUCCUGGAGUCAUAGCCCCCUUGUAGUAGAGUCGGUGGGGUCAUCAUUACCAGGGUUGUUGGCGUAGGUCAGCCUAAGGUCAGUCAUAUCACCUGUCGUAGGAGAGUCUUUGGGGUUGUUGUCACAAGGGUUCUUGGCCUAGAUCAACCUGGACUCGUUCACGCCCCUGUCAUAGGUGAGUCAUUGGGGUUGUUGUUACCUAGACUAUUGGCCUUGUUUAUCCUUCAGUUGUUAUAGCCCCAUUAUAGUAGAGUAAUUGGAGUCGUCAUUAUCAGCGUUGUUGGCCUAACUCAUCCUAUAGUCUUUUAUAUCCCCUGUCGUAGGAGAACCUUUGGGGUUGUUGUUACCAGGGUUGUUGGCAUAGGUCAACCUGGAGUCGUUCACACUCCUGCCAUAGGUGGGACAUUUGGGGUUGUUGUUACCAGGCCUGUAGGCCUUGUUUAUCCUGGAGUCUUUCACAUCCAAUGUUGUACUAGAGUCAUUGGCGCUGUUAUCAAGUCUAUUGGUGUAGUUUCUCCUUGGGGUUGUUCACAUCCUCUGUUGUAGGUGAGUAUAAGUAUGACAUUUUCACUAAUUCACUCAACCUUAACAAUUUAUCAGUCAGUUAAGCUGAUUUGAAAAAGAGAUUAUCAGGAAAAAAAUGUAGAAAUAUGUCCAGCAUUAAGGCAUAUCACUCUCCACAAGUUAACACUGGUGGAUGGUGCAAUAGAUGGAUGUUGUAGGGAUAGGUACAUGGCCAUUGCCAGGGAUUUAGGGCCCAUUGAAAAAUAUUAUAUCAGGCUGUACCAAUUCCCUAGGAAAACUGUUAUAAUACUAUAAUCUUAUAAUACUGUAAUAUGCUUUAGUGACCCUUUCAGCCUCUUUAAUGGCCCUUACAUUUGUCCUAAUUUUUCUCACCCAUUUGGUGCCCCUGGAUAGUUACUUCAGCAAUUGUUAGCAUUGAUGUUACCAGGGCUUUUUACAGAAUUGUCCAAUAUCAGGGUUCUGUGAGGUGGUCAGUUUUUUAAAAAAAAUAGCUUAUUUAGAAAGAUUUGAACUCUAUAACUUACAAUAUCUACACAAAAUACGGUUUUAAUACUAAUUACAAAAUAACUUCCCCUCCGGUUACCUCCUAACUCAGCCAAAAACAAAACAUUGCAGCUGCUCAGCCAAACAUGACACAGAUUCAGGUGUGUCCAUGCCUCUGACACUGUAUGUUAGUCAACUUUCUAAACUUUCUGCUCUGUUCGUAUGCAUACGAGUGUGUGUAUGCAUGUACAGUAUGUGUGUGUAUGUACGUACGUGUGCUUGUGGUCUACGCCUGCGCCUCAAUGUGACUGUCUGGUGAAUGUGUAGCAUGCCGUCAUGCACGAGGCCCAGACUGUAAAUGUUGUACAUGCAUGUGGUGACAGAUCGCAACGAGACAUAAAAAGAACACUAAACCAAACUGAACACAGGCUUAGUUACUGUACCUGGGGACUGUGAGGGUUUAACCGGUGUAUUACAACCUUAUCAGCUAUGAAAACACCAUGUCACACUCAGUGCAAUGCUAUUAUUUUUAUUCAAACCAAACCUUUCUUAUUCUUCAUGUUGAAUUAAAUCAAUUGAAUGGGCCAAAAGAAGAUUAUUUGCCACAUUCUUAUACACACAUUACUACAUUUCUAAGUUUAUCUCCACACCCAGGUACGGGAACUAGGCCUUCGCUUGAAAAGGGAGUAGAACAUGUAGCUAACACAUGGGUAUGCGGGAAAGACUCUUCUCACAUCCUCCCUCAACGCUUACAGUAAAUCUGCUUCCUUUAUUUUCCUCUUCUUUACCACAACCUCUGCAAGCCAAAGUCCACAAAGUUUGUUUACUUUCACUUAAGGGUGACUGAAGUAUCUUCAGAGUGAACACUUAGAAAAAAACAACAGAGCUAAAGGUUUUUCUUCGGGGUCUGGGUACAAGCUACAAAAGGUUGGUUUACCACAGGAGGACUGAUUUUUGUUACUCACGGCGGCUUUAGGUAAAAGUGCAAUGAUAGUUUCUUAGAUCGUAGUUGCUCAGUGUUCUUAAAAUAAUUCAAAGUAUUAGUUUAGACUUCACUGACUACAGUAGAGUUAUUGUCCAACCUGGGCAAGACACAGUGACAAAGUACAACAUUAGCAGAGUAGUGAUCAAUAAGAAAAGUAUUUUUCUACAGCUGUCUCCUAUUCGCAGGUCCUCCUGGGACAGGUGUGCACAACAGAGCUGGGUGGAGUUAUCAGCCUUUACUUUCAGUUACUUUUGUUUUUCAAUUACAAGGAGGCCUGGGAGAAACAGCUAAAAGAUAUAUUUUUACCAACCGUAGUCUGACUAGAAUAAUGAAGUUCAUUUGUAAACUUUAAUGCUUUGCUUUGAAGGAUUAUGAAAUGGUUGCUCUAGGCAUCAGUAGGACUGUAGAAGGUUUAGGGGUGGGACUAGUACAGAAAAAUACGAAAACUAUUUUAAUACAAUUCUAUAAAGGGUAACGCAUAAUUAAAUAUUGCCACUAUUGCUUUUAAAGUCAGCUACUGUAUGUUUAUUUUGUCUUGGAGAAGGUGUGCCAUGUUCUUCCUGUGCUCUGUGUUCGCUGUGGCCAAGUGUCCAGUCAAUGCGUGUUGGACUUGUUGAGAUCGGCUUCUCUUGCAACAACUAGGUAUUCCUUUUCUCUUCUGUAUAUUUUGGCACAAAGCUGUAUAUUGUAGUCGUUUUUUAUGUAUUUUUUUUAAUGGUUUCUUCCAUAUGUGUGGUUAUUUUGCUCCUGGGUGCACUGUUUUUUGCUGAGUUGUUGAUAUUGCUUCCAUGCAACAAUGAAAGUUAUUUAUUGCAA